AUGGCGCCUAAAGCUGCCGAAAAGGAAAAAAAUGCGGCUUUGGUAGCGUCCUUGUCUUCGUCGGAGCAGGCUGAUCUCCUUGCGCAGGCUCUACUGCGGGAGUAUAUGCACCGCCGCGGUUUUUUUGAAACCCUGCGCGCUUUUGACGGGGAGUGCCACCGCAAUGAGCGAACCAUCUCCUCCAGGCUUAUGAUGAAGAAGCUUUUAUGCAUUCCUGCGAUGGAAACGCACCCUCUUCAUCUAAGCAGCUCUCACGAGGUGCCGACUUUUAUGGAGCAGAUGUGCUCCUAUCGCCUGCGCAAGCCCCACGAGGGGGCUCGCCAGGAGCUUCGCGAGAGGGAAGAGGAAAAGGAGGAAACGGGCCGAAUAGCGUGGCUGCGCGCAGCGGAGGAGGCCGGGAGGGAGGUGGUGGACCACGACGAGGCCGAACUCGCCGAACUGCGGGCGAAAGUUUCACAGACCAAAAAGCGCCAGGAGUGGGCGGAGACGCAUAGGCGGGAGUACGACAAGCUCAAAGCUGCACUCGCCGAGCUCGAGGAGGCUGAAGCGAAAGGAAAGCUGAAGAAGGGAGAGAAGGAUGGAAAAAAAGUGGGAAAGUCGGCGAAGCACCACCGAAAGAAUAAUCUCAUUGAUCCUGCCGCGGACGACAGCGGCGACGAGCCCCCCACCGCACGAAAGAAAAGCCGCCGGAAGAAACACGGGGAGGGCGUCUUAGCGGGUGAGGAGACAAAGGAUCGUAGUAAAGGUGCCCUUGAAAAUCCCACACUUCCGAUGGAUGAGCUGAGCACCUUUGCGGUGUCGCUGGAGGGGAAGGAGCGGCGGCGGCGGGAGUCGAAGGGCCCCGCCCCGCCGUCGGCUCGGGGUGGAUGCCCCCCGGCGUCAACGCGGCGGCCGUUUCGAUGCUUCCGGUGGGAUCUCGCUCGACUAAUGAUCAUCAUGACGGCGGGCCUUUGA